UCCGCAGCAACCGGAGUGCAACACAGCCGCAGCUCGUUCAGAGCCAUUCUGUUCUGCCCUCGGUGAAGAAGAUGAAACUCGGGACAACGAAGCGUCACUGAAACUUCUGAAUUUCCUUUGCGAAACUUAACGCGUUUCGAACAUUUGGAUCUGUACAGAGUUAGUAAAGCAGAGUGUCCCUAAAAACAUCGAAAGGAACGGGCCUGCUCACAAUGACCAACGAGGAACCGCUUCCCAAAAAGGUUCGCCUGAGUGAAUCUGACAUGAAGACCUUGACCAGAGAAGAGCUAUGUACAAGGUGGAAGCAACAUGAUGCAUAUGUCCAGGUCCUAGAAGCAAAAUAUGCAGAGCUCUGUUCCAAUGAUGUGCCAGGACUGAAGGAGUCGGAGGAAAAGCUCAAGCAGCAGCAGCAGGAGUCUGCACGCAGAGAGAACAUCUUGGUGAUGCGACUCGCCACCAAGGAGCAGGAAAUGCAAGAAUGCACAACCCAGAUUCAGUACCUCAAGCAAGUCCAGCAGCCGAGCGUGGCCCAGCUGCGGUCGUCCAUGGUGGAUCCAGCCAUCAACUUGUUUUUCCUCAAAAUGAAGGCUGAACUGGAACAGACUAAAGACAAACUGGAGCAGGCCCAAAAUGAACUGAGUGCCUGGAAAUUUACACCUGAUAGCCAAACAGGGAAGAAACUGAUGGCCAAAUGCCGGAUGCUGAUUCAGGAAAACCAGGAGUUGGGCCGGCAGCUAUCCCAGGGACGCAUCGCCCAGCUGGAGGCUGAGCUGGCCCUGCAGAAGAAGUACAGCGAAGAACUCAAGAGCAGUCAAGACGAGCUAAAUGAUUUCAUCAUCCAGCUAGACGAGGAGGUGGAAGGGAUGCAGAGCACCAUCCUUGUCCUGCAGCAACAGUUGAAAGAUUCCCGUCAGCAGCUUGCUCAGUCUCAGGGCGCUUCGGCUGGAGCAGGCCCUAGUAGGACUUCACCCACUGCCUCCAGCUCAUCUGCCGAAACCUCCACUCAGCCAGAACAGACCAGUGCUCCAUCUGAACAAGGAGGCAAAGACUACGGGAGGGUCUCCAAUGGUCCUAGAAAUAGCAACUCAUCCCAAAGGAGUGAGACCACAACGCCUAGCUUGUACAGAGAGGUAAGCAGCGCCGAAGAAGACUUUCCAAUGUCCCCUGUGGUGUCCAGCCCCGGUGACACUGACACCAAACUCCCCAACCACUCAGAGGAGGCACCAGGAAGUCAGACUACUUCCAGUAGAGUUGGAGGACCUGCCGGUUUCAGGAGCCAGUUGAGUGUGGGGUACGAGAGUGUGGACUCUCCAACAGGCAGCGAGACAUCAUUGACUCAACACUCAAAUGACACAGACUCCACCACCGAUCCCAACGAGGACAAGGCUGCCCUGGUGACCAAGGGCACCAGGACUGCAGUGUCACGUCAUGCCCAGAACGGCCUGGACUCCAACACAAGUGAUGGUGGAGUUUUGUAAUGUACUUUAAUGCGUUCUGUAUUUUUUUUUUUAUACAGUAUAAAAACAAGGCAGCAAAUACAUAGUCUGUAACACAGCACCGUUGUCCAAGAAGUUUUGUUUUCACCCUUUGCCUGUCGUGAUGCCUUUGUCACAUUUGUGUUGCUUAAUGGGGAUAUAAACAGGAUUGAUGUUAGAUUUGAAUUGCGUGGAUGUAUGAUUUAAAACUAGUACAUUUCACUGUUUAUUUGAGCACGGCUAUGGUGUUUAAGCUGUUGACACUGAAAUCAGGCCGUCUGGUGUUGUAACGUAUCAAGUCAGUAAAAUCACUCAAUUCUACUAGGUUCACAAUAUUCAAGGUCAUUUUUAGAUGUUGGCCUGUGGGGGUUUUUGUUUUAGAACAGUUUUUAUUUUCAUUGGCAAAAAAAAAUCAGUUUUGACAAUUCUGUUAAAAUGUUAGUAGUUCAUAUGCGAUGUCCAUAUUAUUCUUCAGCCCUUUUCAUGUACUGACCAAAAUACAAAUAAAGAUUUUUAAUACUA